AUGCUGAGAACAGUUCUUUUGAUAAAUUUGUGUGUGACACUUACCUACGCAACAUUUGGUUACAAUGGCUUUCAGAAAGUGAGUGAAGAUGAGUUCAAAUGCCCUGGAAGAGGGUACUUCGAGCACCCCAAUGACUGUGCGGUCUUCUACCACUGCGAUUCAACAGGUUUUGGGCCCGGACUAAAAGCCCAUAAGCACGUUUGUGGUCCAGGAACGGUGUAUUCGUAUAACCGGAAGAGAUGUAUGCUUCCGAGGUUCAGUGGCAACGCUAAAUGUCAAAAUUACAAGUGGAAUUCUCAAUCUUCUCAUUUAGAAUACGAAACUAUAGGCAGUCCGUGGUACCUGCACAAAAAAAACCCGGUUGUGAGGACCAACUAUGAGCCGUCAUGUACCGGCGAAGGGUUUAUGGCCGACCCAUCAGACUGUCGGAAGUUUUACUCAUGUAUGAUCAUGGCAAAUUACGUUUAUAAUAAAGUCGCGUACACUUGUCCGAUCAAUACAGUGUGGGAGAACGAGAAACAAUGGUGUAUGGUUAGCUGGGCGACGUCAAGGACAGAGUGUAGGUCAGGAAGCGCCGGAUUCCAGCAAGGGAGCCAAGGUAGUCUAGGAUUUUAUCAGAAUGGAGGUGGAAGUUGGAGUGGAUCGUCUGCAUGGUCACAAAAUCAUGGAUCGAUGACUGGAGGCGGGCAAUCCAAUGGGUUCAAUGAGAAUUUGAACUCGCAAAAUGGUUUUAAUCAGAUGGUUCAUUCAGAAAGCAAUGUUGAAAAGGUUAAGCAUAAUUCGCAAAGUCAGAGCAAUAAAAAUUUACUUAGCGAAGAAAAUCAUUAUGGUUCUAAUGGGUUCUUUGGAAAGGACAGGACAGAGUCUAAUAAUCAAGGAAGUUAUUCGGAGCAGAAUGGAAUUAAUAAUAAUGGGUACGAUAGUUUUAAUCAUGGGCAAAGUACUAAUGAGAAUUCGGAGCAUAGCAAUCAUAGAAAUAAAGAAACUCAGACGGAAUUCAAUAAUUCAGGGUUUACCGGAAGUCAUGCUAGCGAAACGAAUAAUGUAUAUGGACAAGGUAGUACUCAAAAUGGAUAUAAUAAUGAAUAUGAUAGUUCACAUUCUUCACAUAAGGAUAGUAAUCAUAAUGUGAAUAAUCAAUUCACUCAAUCUGAGAAUAGUGGCAAUUUUGAUGGUUUUAGUGGAGGUAUUCAUAGUACAGACAUAGACAAUACUUCAGAAGAGACAGAUAAUUCUGGAGGUAUGGAUAGUUCUUCUGAAGAACAUAAUAAUCAAAAUCAUUUCAAUGGUGAGAGUAAUGGCAGCGCAGGUUCUUCGGGUUAUGAAAUGAAUAAUAAUCAACAAUCUAAUAACGCUGGACAUCAAGAAAUGAAUAAUGGAUUUAAUAGUCAUUCAGAAAAUUCAAAUCAUUAUGGUGAAGAUAGUUCUCAAAACCAUGAAUAUAAUGAAAGUUUCGGUGGAAGUACUUCAGACAAAGAUAUUAAUUCACAGGAAAAAUUCGAUAACUUUAACAAACAGGAAAAUCAUCAAAAUGAAUUCGGUAAUGAUUUUGAGAGUUCAGAUCACAGAGAGAAUCAUUUUGAUGGAAAUAGUUCUCAAAAUCAUGAACAUAAUGAAAGUAAUGACAGUGAAGGUACUUCAGGUUAUGAAAUUAAUCACAAUAGGGAAUCUAAUAGUAACUUUGAAAAUCAAUUUAAUAAUAAAUCUGAAAACUUAGAUCACAGUGAGAAUCAUUACGAUGGAAGUGGUUCCCAAGAUCAUUCUUAUGAUCAAAAUAUUGUCGACAGUAGUUCCUCUAAACAUGAUAUGAAUCAUUUCGAAGACUCUAACAAUCGUGAAACUCAUAAAAAUGAAUUUAAUAUUAAUUCAGAUAAUUCUGAUUACAGUAAGAAUCAUUACGAUGGUAGUAGUUCCCAAGAUCAUUCUUAUGAUCAAAAUAAUGUCGACAGUAGUUCCUCUAAACAUGAUAUGAAUCAUUCCGAAAACUCUAACAAUGCUAACAAUCGUGAAACUCAUAAAAAUGAAUUCAAUAUUAAUUCUGAUAAUUCUGAUUACAGUCAAAAUAAUUACGAUGAAAAUAGUUCUCAAGAUCAUUCUAAUAGUGAAAAUAACGUCCACGGUAGUUCUUCAGGACAUGAUACGAAUUUACACGAAUUUAAUAAUUUUGAAAAUCAAAAAAUUUAUCACAAUGAAUUAAACAACACUUUAAAAAAUUUAAGUUACUUUGAAAGUUUUAAUCAUGUAAAUAACUCUCAAAACCAAUAUGAAAAUCAAAAUAAUGUCAAUGGAGAAAAUUCAAAAUAUGACACUAUUUAUAAUCAAGAAAACAACGUAGAUAAUCAACAAACUGAUCAUAAUGAAUUUAACAAAAAUUCUGGCAAUUCAGAUUACUCAGACAGCAACUACAACAAAAAUAAUUUUGAGAAAAAUCAAAAUAUUGAGAGCAAUGUCGGCGAAAAUCAUUCGGUAGGUGAAAAUAGUUAUAAUGAACAAUUUAAUAAUUUCAACCAUCAAAAUACUCAUCACCAGGAAUUUGAUAAAAAUUCAAAUCACGUUGAAAAUCAUUACAAUGAAACAAAUUACGAAGACUUUUCUUAUGGUAAAAACCAGGUCCAAAGCAAUUCUUCAAGGCAUGAUAUAAACUACCAGGAAAACGCUAAUAAUGUUGAAAAUCAAGGAACUUAUGAUCAACACAAUCAUAAUUCAGAAAGUUCAAAUCACUUCGAAAACCAUAACGUUGAAAAAAAUUCUCUAAAUCAAUACGAAAGUCAAAAGAAUGUCACUGAAGAAAAUUCAAAGCAUGAAAUGAUUGAUAAUCAAGGAUUUAAUAAUAUAGAAAAUCAACAAACUCAACAUAAUGAAGUCAAUCCUAUUUCAGGAAAUUCAGAAUACUCGGACAGUCACUACAAUCAAACUAGUUUUGAAAAAAAUCACAACAGUGAGAGUAAUGUCAAUAGUAUUAAUUCUGUAGGUGAAAAUGAGUAUAAUGAACAGUUGAACAACAAUCAAGACACUCAUCACCAGGAAUUAGAUAACAAUUCCGAAAGUUCAAAUCACAUUGAAAACAAUCACAAUGAUAAUAGUUUCCAAGAUAAUUCCAAUUAUGACAAUAAUUUCCAAGGUGGUUCUUCGGGACAUGAUAUGAAUUAUCACAAAGACUCUAACGUUAACAAUCAUAAUGAAUUUAAUGAAAAUUCAGAAAAUAUAAAUCACUUCGAAAGUGAUAACCACGAAAAUAAUCACAAUAUUGAGAGCCAUGUUGGUGAAAAUAAUUCGGUAGAUGAAAAUAGUUAUAAUGAACAAUCUAAUGAUGUUAACAAUCAAAAAACUCAUCGCGAUGAAUUUGAUAUUAAUUCGGAAAAUUCAAAUCACAUCCAAAACAAUUUCGAUGAAAAUAGUUCCCAAGAUGGUUCAAAUAAUAAAAAUAAUAGCCAUGGCAGUUCUUCGGGACACCAAGAUGAUAACAAUGAUAAGUAUGACAACGACAAAUACAAUAGUAUGACUCAUAAAUCAGAACACUCAGAUUUAUAUGAUAAUACAAGCUCCAAUAAAAAUAAUGAUAACAAUAUUAACAGUUCAAAUUCUAACGAUAAGAACAUCAACAACAACACCAAUGAGAGUCAUCAGCAAAAACAUAAUGACGGUUCUAUGCACGGAGAAAUUGACAACAAUGAUUUCGGUCAUCAUAAAACUGAAUUUGAAGAAAUAGAUCACAAUCAACUUGAUGUCAAUCACAAAAAAGAAUCCUUUGAUAAAUCUGAGUACGACCAUCAAAAAGAAGACAAUCAUUUCGAAGAGCAUAAACUUCAUGAUUCUAAUCAUGGAUCCCAUCAUGAAUUUGGAGAAGAUUCUCAUUAUGAAGAACUUGACAACAAACUAAAAACUGAAUCUAAUGAAAACGCCCAAUCACACAAUGAAGAAAGUGGGUCAGAUCAUGAUUUUAACGAACUUGAAAUUGGACAAUCUCAUGAGAGCGAUUUUGGAAUGUGGACACCGAAAAUCAUGAUCAUUCUUCAGAACAUUCCAGAAAUGAUUUCAACUUAG